UCUUUCGUCUGGUUGGGUGGAGAGAGAAGGAGCACGCGAGGAAGCGAAGAGACAGAGAUAAGGGAGAGAGAGAGGUGAGGUGUGUGAGCAAUAAAUACAAAUCGAGGUCCGAACUGCCUCCAUGGCGGCGUUUGCAGGCGUCCUCGAAUUCCUCUCCUGCACCCACUCCUCUCUCACAUCUCUCUUCUCCCUUCUCUUCUUCUCCCUCUUCUUUAUAUAGCCUCACACUUCACCUCGCCACCUCAAAAAGCAGCCGCUUGCUUGCUUGCUUGUGUUCUCUACCACUACUCAGCUAACCUCCUCCUCCAGAUACUACUUCUAGUGAGAGAAAGAGAGCCUUAGACCCGAGAGGCCAGGAGAGGAAAGGAAUUAACCAAGAAGAGGAGGAUUAGAGGCGAACUUCCUAUUUUCAGCAAAGGCAAGGUGAGCAGUACUGGUAGUGGUAGUUCUGAUGAGUGAUGAGGAGCUAGUGUAGGUGCUAGGAGAGAGGAAGGGGAGCUGAGAAGGCUUCUUUGUGUAGUUGCACUCGCUCAUCUUGAUGGGUGGUGGUUGCUGCCUCGCAUGGCUGGGUUCUCUCUGAGAGGCGGCGGAGGAGGAGGAGGGGGGAGAGGCGGCGACCGCGGCGGUGAUCACCCGAUCGGCGCCGACAGCCUGUUCCUGUACGCGCGCGGGGCCGCCGCCGCCGCCGCCGCUGCCGACACGGCGGGCAGCGGCGGCGGGGGCGGGGGGAUAGGGUUCCAGCUGUGGCACCCGCACCAGCAGGCUGCAGCGGCCGCGCCGCACACGUCGCAGUUCUUCACCUCCGGCGUGGCCACGGGCGUCGUGCUGGGGUUCUCGCCGCAUGACGGAGGUGGCGGGAUAGGCGGCGCGGGCGGCGGCGGUGCCGGGGGCGGCAGGGCGGGGACGAGCUGCCAGGACUGCGGCAACAACGCCAAGAAGGACUGCUCACACAUGCGGUGCCGCACCUGCUGCCGCAGCCGCGGGUUCAACUGCCCCACCCACAUCAAGAGCACCUGGGUGCCCGCCGCCAAGCGUCGCGACCGCCAGCAGCAGCUCGCCGCGCUCUUCCGCGGCGCGGCCAACAACAGCGCCAGCGCCACCGCUGCGGUUGCGGCCGCCAGCAAGCGGCCGCGCGAGCUCGCCCGCUCCCUCGGUCGCUUGCCGUCGGCCACCUCCGCCAUGGUCGCCACCACAACUUCCUCAGGGGACGGCAGCGGCGGGAGGUUUCCACCGGAGCUGAGCGUGGAGGCUGUGUUCCGGUGCGUGCGGAUCGGGGCGGUGGACGAGCAGGACGCGGAGCUCGCGUACCAGACGGCGGUGAGCAUCGGCGGGCACACGUUCAAGGGGAUCCUGCGUGACCACGGCCCGGCAGACGACGCGGCGGUGGGCCAACUGCCGCCGUCCUCGACAGAGUACCACCAGCUGACGCAGGGGAGGGAAGGGUCGUCGCCGGCCGGGAGCAGCGAGGCGGCGGCCACGGCGGCGACGUCCGCGGCGGUGCUGAUGGACCCCUACCCGACGCCGAUCGGCGCCUUCGCCGCAGGCACCCAGUUCUUCCCUCAUAACCCUAGAACUUAGCUAGCUAGCUAGCUGCUUCAAUUCCUAUCCUAGCUUAAUUCCUUCAUGGUUUCAUUUACUUCCAAAGAUGAUGAGCAUGAGCUAAGUCGUCGUCAUGAUCAGCAAACAAAAUCAAGACAAGAAGAAGAGAAGAGAUUUAAAUUAUUACUACUCAUUCGAGCCAUUGAUCGAUCGAUGAACACUAAUGCGCGAUCGAUCGAGCAUAAUGUUGCAUUGUUACCUACUUGUUGAUUAAUUAGCCACCUUAAUGCAAUGCAAAGAGAAGAAUUUAAGUGUAGCUUCCG